AUGGGGCAAAUGAUUCCAGACCUCGCCGCCACCAGCAGGGCAUCGACCACCAAGAUCAAGCCAAACGGUAUCCCCAACGGCAUAAACACCGCCGGCAAGAAGUGCCAACACGACCCAACCUUCACCCAAAAGGUCAUCGCCGCCACCGGCCCCAACGCCAACCCCAGACUCGCCCAGAUAUUCCCAAGUCUAGUCCGCCACCUCCACGACUUUGCCCGCGAAGUCAAUCUCACAGUAGGAGAAUGGAGCACCGCCGUCGACUUUGUAUGGUUACCCCGCCUCCCCAAUCCCACCCUUUCAUUAACACCGCCACCACCACCACCACAGCUGAACGACUGCGGCAAAAUGUCCUCCGACCGCCGCAACGAAACCCAACUCCUCUGCGACAUCCUCGGCCUAGAAUCCCUCGUCGACGAGAUCACCAGCAAACAGCUCGCCACAUCCACCACCCAAACCCCCUCCGCCAUCCUCGGCCCCUUCUACCGCAGCGACGCCCCCUUCCUCCCAAACGGCACCUCCAUCGUCCAGGGCCUUUCCCCUUCGGUUUCGUGGUACGAGAAAGCCCUAGAGGACUCGGCCUUUUUAUCCGGCAAGGUCCUCUCCACAGACGGCAAGCCGAUCGAAAACGCCGUCGUAGACGUCUGGCACACUGCGCCGAACGGGCUGUACGAACAGCAGGAUUCUGACCAGCCAGAGAUGAAUUUCCGCGGGAGGUUCAGGACUGACCAGCAGGGGAGGUACGCGCUGUACGCGCUGAGACCGGUGCCGUAUCCCAUCCCGGACGACGGGCCGGCCGGGAGGUUGCUCGGGUUGUUGGAUCGGCACCCGAACCGGCCGGGACAUAUCCAUUUCAUUGUUAGCGCCGAGGGGCAUAGGGCUUUGACGACGCAGUUGUAUGACAGCCGGGAUCGGUGGGUGGAUGAUGAUGCUGUUUUUGCUGUCAAGGAUGAGUUGGUUGUCAGGUUUGAGCCGAGGGAGGGGGAUCCGGGAGCGAGGUGGGAGUUGGGGUAUGAUUUUAUUCUGGGGAGGUGUUGA